AUUUCCGGUGUCGUUUCAAAGGACGAGAAAAAGAGAGCUGGAUUGAGUUUCAGGUCAAAAUCGGAGGAUCGAAAGGAGAAAAAGACAGAGGAAAAAGAAAGGCUGAAGAGGGAGAAACGAGAAGAGAAAGAGAAGAUUACCCGAAGCCCCAAAAUGCCAAUUACUGCCAGUAUCCUCAGGUCGUUACGCUCAGCCGGUAAGAAGUUGGCACCAGCGUUCUUUCGACGAGGCGAAUCGAAGAUUCCGAAACCGUCAAAGGUAAGGUAUUUCUUGAGUGGAAGACCUAUGUAA